AUGAACUCUCCUAGAGCUAUGGCCCAGGCACUGGCCCAAACUGAUCCCAAGCUAGAGGAAAGAAACCAUGAUCCAAAGAUGGAGGAACCUGAAGCUCCCCCCAGAGAAAUUAAAACUGAUGAAGUUAAAUUGAAAAGAGUGGCAAGACCUAUAAGACAUGUUAAGCAUAUUCCGUUAAAAUCCUUAAUUUUCUACUCUAAACGUGGUCCUUUAGAAUUCUCAUAUGAUGGUAAAAUUAAGCUACCAGUUCCUAAGAACAAGUUAGUAGUUGAAGUUCAUUAUGCUGGCUUGAAUCCAGUGGAUAUGAAAAUUAAAAACGGCUAUCAAACCGGAAUUUAUGGUGCUGCAGGUUUAGGUAGAGAAUUUAGCGGUGUCAUUACUCAUGUGGGGGAAAAUAUUCAAUCAGAAUGGAACGAAGGUGACGAAGUAUAUGGUAUCCUUUUCCAUCCUCAUCAAGCCGUUGGAACUUUACAAACGUCUAUCCUAGUGGAUCCUCGCACUGACCCUAUUAUGCUAAAACCUCUAAGUCUAUCGAUGAAAGAAGCAUCUGGUGCAUUGUACACUUUGGGAACAGCCUAUAACAUUCUGGAUAAACUACAAAGAAAAGGUUCUCUGCAGCAAAAUUCUAAUAUUUGUAUUAUUGGUGGUACUACUUCUGUAGGAAUGGCUGCCAUCCAACUAUUAAAGAAACAUUAUAAUGUAUCCACUUUGUUAACAGUGGUAACUAGAGGUAAUGGACGUUCUGUGUUAAAGAAGAAAUUUCCAUCAAUUGCGGAAGAAAUUGUUUUUAUCAACUAUUUGACCUGUCGUGGUAAAAUCAGCGGUCCUAUAAAGCAAAUGAUAGAAGCUGGCCAAAUUACGGAUUAUGAUGAUGAAACUAAUGAAGAGCAUACCAUUAAAUAUGAUCAGGGAAAAUACGAUAUUAUCUUAGAUUUUGUGGGCGGUUAUGAUGUUUUGGCCCAUUCAAACUCAUUGAUUCAUAAAGGUGGAUACUAUGUAACUACCGUUGGUGAUUAUGUCGCCAAUUAUAAGGAGGACGUUUACAAUUCUGUGGAUAACCCUAGCGCCAAUAUGAGAAAAGCAUUUGGGUCCGUGCUCUGGCUUUACAACUAUAUGCAUUUCCAAUUCGACCCGUCAGUUUCCGCUUCCAAGAAGAGCAAUUGGAUGGGUAAGUGUAAUGAAUUGUUGGAAAGGAAGACCAUCAAAGUUAUCAUUGACAAGACUUACGAUUGGAAGAAACAUACGGAAGCCAUCUCAUACAUGAACACCCAGCGUGCCCAGGGUAAGAUCAUUCUGAAGGUAGAGAAGUUUUAA